GAGUGAUUUGUUGUGCUUACUUUCACGCUUGACGACCGACAUUCAACUUCUGCCUGGGUUUCGUUCGCCUGCUCGCGGGCUCCAGGUGAAACCGAUCCCUGCCUGCCAAUAGCGUUUCCCUUACCAGUACAAGGUCACUCACAUCCAUCGUUAACCCGUGCGGGCCCAUCAUGGCCUCCGACCCAUUCGCCCAUUCAUCUCUCACCAGCCCUGGGCGAACCCUGAGAAGUGGAUCCACUCCCUCAACUAGCAGUGCCUCCAGUUCCACCGCGGUUCGCAGCUCCGCCCACUCGUUGGACACGCAAUCCUCCACCCCACCACACCCAUAGGCCCGAAGAGCCACCAAGCGUCGUCGCUCCUGGUGGCCCAUCGAAGAGCUUCAACCCGGUCCAACGACCCCGCCCGUGGAAGCCACGCCCACGGACUCCUCGAUGGAAGGGACUAGUCAGGCCAGUACCUGGCGCAAGACCCGAGGUUACGCCCUGGGACCGGAGUUAGGCUCAGCGCCCGUUAAAUGCAUCACCAAUUGCUUAGCUCGCCGUGAUGGCACACACGAUUACUAUAUGGCCCGCAUGUUAGUUUUGCCCACUGAUCGACCCGAGACCCAAGACGAGCGCCAUGGUAAGAUGCUCUUGCACACGGAGCAGGCCCUGUUAGCGCUUUUGGGUGGCGAACGGGGCGUGAUUCGCAUGCACGACCUUGUCAAAGAUACGUACAUGGAGCAACGGAGUCCGAGUCAGUGGGUUCGAUUGAGUCGCAUCACCUUGAUCUUGGAUUGCCUUGUGCCCAAUUUGUACUGUCCAAAUAGUCAGGACUUUGUGAGUCUCCAGCAACACGUGAUCAAGCAGAAGCGCUUAGGAGAGAAAGAGGCCUUAGGGAUCUUUUAUCAUAUUGUGUCCAUCGUGUGUCAGCUCCAUCAGCGCAACGUCAUCCAUCGUGACCUCAAGUUGGGCAAUGUGGUAUUAGAUCGACGAAGCCAAACUGUGAUUUUGACCAACUUUUGUUUGGGCAAACAUUUGAUGAGCGAUCAGGAUCUACUCACGGAUCAACGUGGGUCGCCGGCUUACAUUUCUCCCGAUGUGCUCAGUGGGAAGCCGUACUUAGGCAAACCUUCUGAUGUGUGGGCGUUAGGGGUGGUCCUCUUCACUAUGUUGUAUGGGCAGUUUCCGUUUUAUCACUCCCUUCCGCAGGAGUUGUUCAACAAAAUCAAGAGCGCUAGUUUUAAAUUGCACGGUGAUGUCCGGGUGUCGGAAGAAUGCAAAAGUUUGAUCAAGAAGAUCUUGGUUGUGGAUCCGGCUAAACGGUUAACUGCGCCGCAGUUGUUGCAGGAAAUUGAAUCUGUUAUAUCCGUGUGGCGUUCAAUUUCGCCUUCGGCCAAGGGAUUACAAGUCGUUCCUGAGUUCGUCGAGUCGUCCAAAGUCAAGAAGGAUCAGAAGGACCAAAAGCCGAGUGCGGCUGAAUCGGCCAACGCCGAGAUCUUUUUUAACUUCAUCCACGCCACAGAUCGGACCGAAAUGGAGCUGCCUCGGGGAAAGUUGGCGCGCGGAAGUGAUGCUCCGAAUUCGCGAGGAGCAUUUCCAGUUACACGUACUAAUACAGACGCCCGCGAUCUUACUGACGAUGAGUAUCGCCGAUUUGGACCGCUCAUCAGUCAAAUGCGCCAGAACACCGCUCAUUCUAACUCAUCUACUGGACAGCCUUUAGCCAACACAAGUAACCCUUCGGAAGGCUCGUCCAUACGAGGUAUUGCUCAAAUGGCCUCACCAGUAUUAGUCUCAGAAAACUCGCCCCUCAUCUCCGUAUUAAGGCGGCAAAACCAAUUACGAACUGCACCUCCAGGGCCAAUAACGCCGGCAGCAUCGCCCGUUCCAGGCAUGGAAGAAGUCCAAGCACUAGAUCUUUCCAAUCGACCCACCUCCAUGGGACCCACAGUUAUGCCAACCCAACGAUCUCAUCGAUUGCCCCCAGCCUCCACGCGACGAUAUCCUGCUAAUUCUGCGCCUAUCAACGCCCUCUCCGGGCGGGCUCCGGGACAAAUUCCACUACCUCCAAGCCAUACUAGUGGUAGCGAGACUCAAGGUUUGCGGGGGUUGCGGGCAGCUUUAGACCAGAUGAAUCCAGCGUCUGUGGCUUCUAAUGACACUUUUCGCCAUCGAAAUGGAAGUUCAUCCCGUCAAUCUACAAGCUAGUUGAUCCAACAAGAACGUAUUUUUAUGUUUUGGGAUGGAAAAAAACUUCCCUAACCUUGUUGAUCAGAAAAAGUGUUGUGUAGUUGUUGUUCCUUCAAACAGAGACCGAAGUUGAAAUUUGGUUCAAUUCAAUUGAAAGAUUCAAUUGUGGUUGAAAGAAGAUUGGUAUAUUAUUACUUAUUUUCUCACAAACAAACAGUGGCACACAGAUCAUCAUUGAAUAC